CCACCACCACGAUCACCAGCAGCACUACCGCCACACCAGCCAGUAUUGCAUGAGACGCUUGUGUGUGAUGACCUGCGCCACCACCUCCACCACCACCACACACACUCCUAAGUACUGCACCACACACGCCACCAGCUACACAGCUGCUCCUGCUGGGCUAGUGAUAUGUUGAGCGACCUGCCAUGACCCCCGUCACCUGACCCCUGGAUCGGCCACUCUCCGGUCCGCUCCCCUGCCGCCCGGGCACCCCUAUCGUCUCCGGCAGAGGUCGCAGCGGCACGCCCCUUGGCCCUGCUUCCCGCUCCGGCAGCCGUCUGAGCCUGACCACCGGCCGCCCCUCCAGCAGAUCACUUUCUCUCUACACACCGAAGGAGGAGGAGGAAGACGAGGGAGAAGAGGAGACGAAGGAGGACGACGCAGAGGACCCACUCGAAGAAGAAGAGAGGGACCACUCUGGCAGGACCCGCACGUACUCAGGGACAUCACUGAGCAGUAGCACGGGCGGGGACACCUCAGGAGAGCUCUCGAGGGACACUUACCGCGCCAGACACUCCAGGUACUGUAGGUGCGCGUCUACUCAGGAGGAGGAGGAGGAGGAGGAGGCAGACGAGGAGGAGGACGAGGACGAGGAGCAGGAGGCAGCAGUCAUGGUGGAGGCGCAGGUGGUAUACGCCUCCAGCCACGACCCGGCCUUCCCGCCCUCCGCCAUGCUGGAUGGGCGGCCGGAUACCUUCUGGGCCUCCACGGGGCUAUUCCCUCAGGUGGUGGUGAUCACGUUGCCCGCCGUCACAUCCCUCGAGAACCUCUCCAUAGUGUCCUACAACGUGCGCAGGGUGAGUGUGGCCCGCAGUGUCAAGGCUUUACCAACAGACUUUGAGGACUUUGUCGAGAAGGAGCUGCCGCAGGUGGAUGGCAAGCUGCAGAAUUCCGUGUUGUCUGAGCAGGUUACCGCCGCCCACCUCAGGCUAACCAUUACUGAAGGUCACGGUCACUUUUGCUCGCUGCACCAGGUCAGAGUGGUGGGGACGAGCGCGAGCCAGGCGGAGGCGGUGAAAGUGUCGGCGGUGGUGUCCAGCCCAAAGAUGCGCCAGCACUCCCCCAGCAGGGUGAUGCCCAAGGUGAUCCCUGUGAGGAAGUCAGGUAUGGACGGCAGCAUGGACCUCACCCUGCCCCUUGACCUCGCCCCCACUGACGACGAUGAGUUCUAGGGCGCCCCGCACCGCUCACUUCACACCGGGUCCGUGUUGGCAAAUGUGUCUGUCUCACGCUGCGGCGCCAUUCAACGAGGCUUUCAGUGGAGGCUGUUUGUGGUGCUUCAGUUUUUUUUUUUUACGUUAAGGCCUAUAGUGCCUGUAGGCACACUUAAAGGUUUAUGGAAAGCGCUGUUCAGCUUCCGCCCAUUAGUGGCGCAGGCAAUUUCAUUUCUA